AUGGUCGAACAUGGAAAGAGGCGAUCGGUGGCCGCUGAGAACCCGAACGAAAACAACCAGCGAGUGAGCAGCCGCCCGGGCAAGCUGUGGCGUUCUCUCAGCGUCGCCGACAAGGAGCCUCGCCAGCGCAAGGCGGCCGCAGCUGCCGCCGUCCACAGAAGGAAGCAUCCGGGAUACGUGUACAAUCCGCGUGAGGCAAAGCGGUGCCAAAGGCAGGCGCGCAGGACCAAGGCGAUUGCCAGCAAGCUCAAGAAUGGCACUUCCGGGGACGAGCAGCAGCAGCAGCCGAGCAUUUCCGUGGCCGUGGCCCAGGGUCGAGGCACACCGGAGUUCCAGCACCAACAACAUCCGCCGCCGCAAAGGAAAGAACAACGUGCAACCAGAGCUGCCCGUGGCAGCGAUUCGGCCGCUGCUCAGGGUAUACGCCGCUCCCUAGGCCGUCGGCCACUGUCACGGCCACGGCGUCGGCUCGCUCGGCCCUACAACGUCCACAGCUUCCCCGGUCCUCUGCUAUCAUCAGUGCGAGGGACCAACAGAGAAAACGCCGUGCCCACCGCUCAGUUAACGGCAGCUCGCGCAUUCAAAGAGCCUGAAACGCCGAAUGCCCUAACAACGCUUGAUAAUCAGCUACACCCUACGUUCCUAGACGACGAAGGCGACUCGGCUGCGUGCACGUCGCCGUUCGACCAGUGCGGAAUCCGGGAGACCCAAGGCUCUGCAGACGGCGCCCUAGGCCAAGGUCAGCCAUCGUCGUCGGCUGCUGGCUGCACCGCAGUAUAG